AUGUAUUUACAUAUAACUGGUCAUUUUUGUACAUCUGUCGACUUGGUGGCAUUGCAGGACUUUAGUGCCAAGCUUUCAGAUUUUGGAUUGGCCAAGUCUGGACCCCAAGGUGAAGAAAGCCACGUUACUACCAGAGUACUUGGCACUAGAGGCUACUUCGCUCCUGAAUAUGUUGCAACAGGUCGUUUGACCCUAAAAGCUGAUGUGUUCAGAUUUGGAGUGGUACUCCUAGAGAUCUUAUCAGGUUGCGCGGUCAAGAAACAUUCAGAUGGCUUGCCGGGGAGUUUUGCUCAAUGGGCUAAACCACAUCUUAGCAACAAGCUGGAACUACACCAUGUUAUAGACAAGAAGCUCAGGAGCAUCCCAAUGGAGGAAGCUCGAGAUUUUGCUGCAAUAAUUCUUCGAUGCCUCAGCUCCAACCCUAAGACCCGGCCAACAAUGACAGAAGUUGUAGCUGAUCUAGAGCUACUGCAACAAAGCAUGGAUAGCCAUAAUGCAGCUGACUUGCAAUAUCUACGUACAAGAAGAUGAGAUCUUUCAAUAGGUUCGUUCCUUGAAUAUCACAUCCUGUAAGUUAAUUUCGGAACUUGACAUAUCAGCCAUAGUAGAUUAAUUUGCUGUGGAUAACUUCUUGCCCUUCUGGUUGACAUGCUGAUAGAAGUUGGAACUUCUAAAAUGCGCAUAACCCACCAAUCACACUACA